AUGCCUCUCUAUUUUCGAAUGUUACCCGUUUUACAAGCAUAUACAGUCAUUGUUUGUUGUAUUGGACUCUUUGGGAACAUCAAUCUUAUUGUGGCCACGUGUAGGCAUAAGUCUUUGAGAACAAAAUUGGGUUGCCUAUUAAUGAUUUCCACAAUAUCUCAUACAAUAUGUUUGGUUUCUGAAUUAAUUUCAGUCAAAUUAAAAUUGAGGUAUUUCUUAUUUCGUGAUUCUUUGAUGUUUAAUGAUUUAAAGAUUCACCCAAACCCACAGAGACGAAUGUUUUCGGUUUGUAGUUGUCUACAUGUUCGCAGUUUUAUUUCAAUCUACACUGUUUUUAAUGAUGGUAUUGAUCUAUUGCUAGCUGUUGUAAUGCCCAUAAGGCAUAAAUUGUGGCAACGAGGACCCUAUCUUCUGAUACUUUGUACCCCUCCAAUUCUAUUUUCUUCGUUUGCAAUAUUUAUUGAGCAGUUAUAUAUCAACCACGAAAAUCUACUCAUGUGCACCGUUUCUCUUGCUGCUCCCAGAAAUGUUCGUUUUUGGGGAACAAUAAUCACAUUCUCAACAGUUUUACUGGCAGUUGCAUUGAUUAUCGUUACAGCUGUUAAAGUACACAUUAACGAACAAGCGGCAUCCUCUCCAUUCAUCCGGCAUUCUUUCAGUAUGAGUAAAAAACCAAGAAGUUCAGAAAUCAAAUUACUAAAAUCCUUGGCGACUUUGAUAUUUUUUUUCAUUUGCUCUUGGACACUAUCUGUAGUUUUAUUUCAUGUGGCAAUGUAUUUCGAUAGCUCUAUUGGCUAUCAAUUUCACAAGUAUACGUUCAUACUCCAACUUCCAACAUUUUGCCAAAACUUUUUUGUAACUGCUUUGAGAUCACCGAGAUAUGCCAGAGCAUAUAUGGAGCAACUAUCAUUUAUUCCUUGUGUGAAAAGAAGAAGCAGUAUUCUGAAGACUCGGCAAAGUUCGAACAACUGCUCAAGACCUAAUAAUAUAGUGGAAAUCUAA